CACAUAAAGCAAUUCUGCUGUCAGCUGUGAUUUUUAUCGUAACCGUUUAUUUCUCAUAAUAUUUUGUAAUUCUUUUUUUUUUUAUAAAUGCCAUGAAGAAAGUGAGAUUGACGGUUAAUUUAACUUUGUAUACAAAGGUUCACAAAUAAUUUAAUGUAAAUUACUUUGUUUCGCAAUCAUGAAAGACGAAUGGGAAAGAAAUGAUGCUGUAGAUGUUAGUAAUGGUGUUUCAUGGAGUUGGGAGCAAUAUUGGAGCACGGUUCUACACCAAUACGGUGUGCCGUUUAUGCAAUUUUGGAUCAGUUUUUUUUAUGGACUUUAUACGCAUUUUACUUUCACAGCUUUGGCAUUAUAUUUUGUUAAAUAUGUCCCGACGGCAAUUUACAUGUACACGCUGGUGAAGAAUAUAUAUUUGACAUCGCGGGAAAGAAUAAAACGAAAGCAAAACGAACUUCAAGAUAUUCAACUACAGAUUCAGAUAGUGAAUACAAAAUUGUGUGUACGUGAUGCCGAAUUCACGGAACGAACGGAGCAAUUGCGUAGAGACGCGGAACGCUUGAGGAGGGUGCGGGCGCGCGUGCGUGACGUCAUAGCCACGGACGAGGCGCUCCGACGUACACUCGAAGGCGCCGCUUGGGACAACGACCACGACGCUCUAUCUCAUUCGACCCCGCAAGAAAAUCGGGAGUUCCUUAUACGAUUAUUAAAAGAAAUGAAAUGUGACCAGGUCAAUGUAUCUGAACGACAACCUGGUAAAAUGGACUGCGGAGAGCAGCUGCCAAAUGAGAGUCCAUCGCCAGAAAACAGCAUUUACUCAUCGCUCAGCGACGGAGACCUCCGCCAAGACUGUCGCGUGAAGAUUGUCAACGUUACAAAUGUGUAUAAAGUUGCUUAUUUGAAACACUAUAUAAAACAAAAAAGACUGAGGCGUGCAAACCGUCAUGCCAUGAUCAAGAAAAAGAUGGAGAGCGUAAAAAAGCUUCUAGAAGAUUGGCAAAACACUCUUAGUAUGGUGAUCAAUAGUGAAUUGACUAUACUGAAUAUCGACACGCAUUCGGCCGAUGUGGCAUCUCGUAAGGCCCGGGGAGAUUACACGAAGCCAAACGAUUCCUCAGAUUCAGGAGACAGCGAUUUGAGGAACAGCAGUAGUGAUUUGAACAGUGAAUACGCCGCGAACUGGACGCAAGAGAAUAAGGCCAGCCCGUGCAUAUACACUGGGGAUCUUUUAGACACAGCUGAAUGCGACUUCCAACAGUACGGUGACGUCUGCUCCCAUUCUUCGCAAUGCGAAUACAGCAGUCACGUAACGAGACCUGCGUUGUUGUCGAUGAUGCCGGCGGAGCCCGGCCGUCUAUUGACCAUCGAAGAAGUUAAAAAAGAAAACGAAUACGACGAAGAAUGUUCUGACAAUAUUGCUAUUUGAAGUUCUUCUAAAUUAAUAUAUUUUUAUUUGCA